AUGCCAUUAGUUGUGUAUAAUCUUGGAGUAAAUGAACGACUAUCCGGAUCGCAAUACGCAUUCUUUUUCGUAUCGUCCGCGUUACCAACAUUUCUAGCUUGCAAUUGGCAAGCGAUUUUGGACAUUUAUACUCGCAGGAUCAUACCAUUUACUGAGCUUGUGGAUGGUGCUAAUGGUUUGACUGGGAAAAUCAGUUUUAUUUAUAUGACGACGAUGAUGUGGGAACGUGGCAACACCAGCUCGCCUUCGAUUGUUGAGCUGGGCAAAAAAGUAUCCAUAAAGAAAUUGGAGUAUAUCUGGAUAACGGCUGGUCAAAAAAAGGAUCAGGGUGCUGCUGUGCAAAUGGAGUAUCUGGCGGAUCCGGCGAGAAUAAACUGUGGAACCAAUGAUCUUCCUCAAUUAAUAAUAACAGUUUCAUCAUCUUGUCAUUCACCGCUAGAUGCUUUCAACAAAAAAUAA